AUGAAUACGAAAAAUAAAGAGAUAAACUACGGCACGUUUAUGCUGAAUAAAGAAAGCUCAGACGAAUUUGUCACGUGCAAUGAAAUUUCAUCCAGAGCCCCAUCGGUAGCUGAGACAAACACGAAUAUUUCUCAGUACACUUGGAUCAGCGCCGAUUUCAUCGAAAAGGCGCGGCAAAAGUUCGACGACAUCAUUGAACGAUCAAAAGUCGACGAGUUUUUCCGAGUUUUCAAAUAUAUUUUCAUAUUCUGCGGCCCAAAAGGCAAAGCCGACACGAAAAACGAAGGCCCCUACGAUGGAUCCGGCAAAAUCGUCCCGAUCGACGGAAAAAUGCCCUUUUGGGACAUUCCCUACGACAUGGGCACGAAUGAAGCUGUCAUCGGCGUCGAUCUCGAUCAAAGAUGUUUUCUUCCAAAAUAUGAGAGCGAAGGAAAAGACGCAAGAAAAGCUCAAAAGCUCAUUUCAAAAGCUGCUGAUGCUAUCCACCGAAAUCCGAAUAACAAAAUGCGAAAAUGUGCUGUGCCCGAUACAGAGCCAGUCCCAGAAUGGAUUCAAUCCAAGUUUCAGACGCUUGAAAAUUCGCCCAGAUCAAUCCUAAAUUUCGACCACGGGAUCACAGCGCUUCGAGGCUUGAUCGAAGCUUACAUUGGAGAGUGCAAGAUCGGUUCGGUCUGGUGGCCAAGACGAAUCGAGAAGUUUCUGACUAAGCUCAACGACGCCGCUUGUGAUCCGUGGAACGAAGAUUGUCGAUAA